UGGAACAAAUAGGUGUGUAGUAGAGAAAAAUCUUAUAUGGCUAACUUAUAUUGUAGAUCCAUUAGCUGUUUGAAUAUUAGGAAUAUUAUUGGCUAGGGUCUUGAAUGAAAAUAAUGAUGAGGAAGGAGUCAUAUGAUUACAACAAGUAGAGUCAAGAUACCAAGAGGUAUUAUCUAUGGUGAUUGAAAAUGCAUAAACAGAAGUAGAAGUAGAAGAACUAGUAUCAAUUCGAGUGAGAGCUUGAGUGAUAAGUGUCUCAAUGUCAAUCUUUGAUAGAGUGCGUGUGCCAAAGGUAGGCUUUGGUGCAUUAUCUUCGAUAACAAUAAUGACAUAGCAAGGAUGGAAACUCCAAUUUGGAUUACGUUGUUGAUUUCUUUUUCUUAAAUUGAAAUUCCUCUUAUCUUUAGAACGACAUUCCUUAAGUUCAUUGUGAUAACAAUAAGAGCAAUAUUUUGAAGAAUUAGAUGCAAGUUUUGUAGACUAUGAUUAAGUAGCAAGAACUGUAUCUGAGAGACGGAGUUUUCGAGUUUACAUGCUUGUUUCUUCAAAGAUUAAUUCUGUUAUAGCUAUGUCCAGUGUUGGUAAAGGAUGCAAAUGUUUUUUUCAAAGGUUUCGUGUUUUUUGAUUGUCUAAUCUUUAUGAUUGAUUAAUUUCUUAAUCUAUGAGAUUGAUUGAUGAUUGAUGAACUUGCAUUAUUCCUUGGUUUCAAAAUGAAAGUCAAAUUUCAUAUCUCCUGGAGAUGCAUACAAGAAACUGAAUUUAGAUUGCUUCAUUCUCCACAAUAAUCCUUUCAUUGAUACAUGUAUAUAUGUAUAUAUCUCAUGUGUUGGAUUAAUUGAAGAGGGUGUUACUCAAUCAUGAAUUUUCUAUUUCUCUCAGAAUCUUGAUCUUUUUAAUUAUGUCCUUCGUCUAGAGUGGUAUAAGUAGUACUCCUAUCACCUUCCCUUCUUUCAACAAUGAUAGUUGCGACAAUGGCAGGCUUAUUUGUAUGGGUUCAGUGACCGCAUUUAAUGGCUACUUGAGUCUUACGCCGGAACUAGAGCAAGAUAAUAAUUCAACCUCAACAUCAUAUCAGGAUUCACCUUACAAAGUUGGUCGGGUUCUGUUUCACCGACCUGUUCUAGCUUGGCCUGCCAUUAUUACCACUACCUUUACUGUCAGGAUUUCCACCUUCCCUAAUUCAACCGGUUCUGGAGAUGGGAUGACGUUUAUCAUGGCAGAGAAUAACCAUUCUUCACCACCUAAAAGCUAUGGGUCUUAUAUUGGAAUCAUGGAUGAAACCACAAAAGGCAGUAAAAAGUAUUCAAUUUGCUUGUAAAAGAAGUGGAUUGGUUUCUGGUUUAGAGAUUGAUUAAUUAAUUUCUGAAAAAAAUGGAAGCAGAUGGCGUGGUUCGUCUAAGUAGCAGUAGAGCUGGACACUUACAUGAACGAGUUUGAUCUAGAUGGAAACCAUGCAGGCGUUGACACAACAAGCAUAACAAAACCAGUUGCAGCCAAGAGUUUCAAAGACACUGGGAUUGAUCUCAAAAGUGGAAGAGAAAUUAACAUCAAAAUUGAUUAUGACAGGCACAAGUAGAUGCUCCAUGUUUCUGGGGGUUAUGCUGGCAAACCCUUAAUCAAUUUUCUUCACCAAUCUAUUAUCGUGUCAGAUUCGGUUCCACGCUCCGUUUAUGUGGGUUUUACAGCCUCUACGGGGUCCUAUUCUGAGAGUCAUCAGCCCCUAAUUUGGAUGUUUACAUCAACACAAAUUGAUAACAAGGGGGAAUCCAAGGAGGAUAUCACAAAAGGCAUGUUGAUUAUUGUGGUUCCGACUGUGGGAUCAUUGAUUGUGGCCUUGUUUGCUUUCCCGCUUAUUCGAAGAACCUUGAAGAAUAAAAAGAAAGAAGAUAUAGAAAGACAAUCAAGAUGUGCUGCUAAUGUCCCUCAAAUGUUCACCUACAAGCAACUACAAAAGGCUGCUCAAAACUUCAGCAACGAUAACUUACUGGGCAAGGGUGGCUUUGGAAGUGUCUACAAGGCCACCAUUUCAAAUCCUCCUUUAACUGUAGCAGUAAAAAAGAUUUCAGCAACCUCACAUCAAGGAAAGAAAAUUCUUUGCAGAAAUUUGUACAAUAGGGGCCUGAGGCACAAGAAUAUAGUGCAACUCCCAGGUUGGUGCCACGAGGGCGAGCAUCUCCUUCUAGUGUACGAAUACAUUGCCAAUGGUAGCCCCGAUCGUUUCAUUGGGAAGGGGUUUCUUGAUUGGAAGACCAGUUACAAAAUCUUAACAGGCUUGACAUCCGCUUUGUUAUAUCUCCAUGAAGAAUGUGCUAACCCAGUGGUUCACCGUGAUGUUAAACCAAAUAACGUAAUGUUUGGACACCGAAUACAAUGCUCAUUUAGGGAAUUUUGGAUGGCUAGAUUGCUCUAAAAUGAUGCAUGUGCAAGUGCAACCACCAUGCUUGCGGGUACUCCAGGCUAUUUAGCCUCCGAAGUGGGCUUCUCAGGAAAGGCUACCCUAGAAUCUAACGUCUACAGUUUUGGAAUGGUAGUAAUUGAAGUAGUUUGCGAGAGGAGAUCAAGGCGAAUUUUGGAAGAAAAUAGUUUAGUGGAUUACGUUUGGAGUCUACAUGGAAAAAAUGCAUUGGUAGAAUGAGUGGACCAACAGCUAAAAGGAAAAUUUGAUGAGAAGCAAGUGAAAAGGACAUUGAUUGCUGGACUUGCAUGCUUGCAUCCGGAUUGUACAUUGCGACCUAAGGUAAGAAAAGUGGUGCAAGUUUUCCUGGACCUCAAUGAGCCUUUAAUGGAGUUGCCAGAAUCACGGCCUAGUUUUGUCUGUGUAUCGUUGUCUUCUUCCUCUUCUGCUGCAACAACAACUAAUUUGGGUCCAGAAGUGCAAAUGCCUCACUAAAGCCGCCCAUGUCAUCCCAAGAUGAGAUGGAGAUGGAUGUGAAUUCAUACAUGUACCUAAGACUUUGUUUCUGAAAAUACAUCGCUGUAUUGAAACAUGAACUUUUCAAGAAUCAUGUCAAAUCUCCGGAAGUCAUUAGUUUCUUGGACUUUAUUAUCUGUCUUCUUUUCAAUUUUCAGCAUCAUCUUCUAUCUACAAUCAUCUACCUAGGUACAGGUUAACAAUUAACUUUUUUCCCCAUUAAUAGGCUCUCAUUUCUUCUUCUCUUUAUUAUUAUUAUUUUUUUUUUUUUGGUGUCCAUAUUGAUUUUCUAUGUUAGUUCUCUGUUUCUGGAUCCAUUGUCCAAAACCUUACCGGGCUUGAAGAGAUCAUUUCUUUGUAGAAUAUGAAGAAAGUGUCGUUUCCCCAUUUAGUUCAGAGAAAAGCUACUGUUUUUCCUUAGCAUGAAGUUCAUGAUGCAACUUCCAAUUUAAGUACUUCUUUGAAGAUUGGCCAAGGAUCUUAUGGAUCUGCUUACCUUGGAAAAUCAAGAGGAACUGAUGUGGCUAUCAAGCAGAUGAAAUAUUGUUGCUUUUUCAGGUUUGUAUGCGGAUUCACUUUUUUCAAUGCAUAUUAAUCUGCACCGUUUUUCCUUUUCUUUUGUGAAGUAGUACUUUCCCUUGUCUUGUUUAAUAGAGUCAGUUUGAGGUUAUUGGAUAUGUAUGCACCUGGUGAAAACUCUGUGUUUCUGAAUUAUGAAUAUGCCCGAAACGGUGCACUGAGUGGCCAUGUUCAUGCACAAGGCCAGUGUAAGAGGUGUGAAUUUAGAUUAUUCAUUGUCUCAUCAAUCAAUGUACUUGAAACCAGCAUGUUCAGAUUUCUCUAGACGCAGCCAAAGGUCUUGAGUACAUACAUGAAUGCACAAAGGCCUUGAAAUCUCACUUCAUUCUGCUUUCAACCAAUACCAAUGUAAACUUGUACUACAUAAUAUAGGUCUUUCUGCAGAAACUUAUUUCAGACGCUUUGUUCAUUAAUAAUAUAAUAUUGUAUGGGCU